ACUGGGAAAAAGCAUGCCGAAUCUACGCAGAUGUCAUGGGACUGACAGAGCCCAGCAUGUGUUCAAUAUAUUGGAUAGGGAACUAGUUAAAGUACUCGGUACUCUGUACGGAGUAGUGGGAUAGAUGCGCGGUGAUGGACCAGCCUCCGGUGAGAGAUGAGAGAGAUGUACCUACCUGAUUGAGUUCACCCUCAUGAGGGGCCGGAGGGGCGCGAGCGGGAGUGAGGCGCUUGUGGAAUCUGUUCCCUGCUCGCGUGAGGCCAGCAUUCGGAGGAGAACUGCAGGAGGUCGGAGCAGGGCCGAGGUCGAGACUCUCGCAAUCCCAAGCGGAGUGGCGCCGCUGCACCCGGAGAAAGUGCGGUUCCGUGCCCGCUCUGCAACUAUUGCCCCUUGCUGCCUCAGGCUGACAGGCGUUCCGUUCGGUGGCUUGGGUAUGACUUUCCCUUGUUGUAUGUGUCUAAUGGCUACUCCGUAUACUAUACUGUACCUCCCAGGCGUCAGGACCUGCGUUUUUCUGUCCGUCUUGAACCUCUGCCGAGCCACAGUGGGAACAAGCCUCCCGGGGUCUCCAGGUUCGGACUCUUUUAGUCGGGGAGAAUCACGCCCGUGAGUAUGGGGAAGGUCAAAUCCUUAGGUAAGACGAACAGACUAUCAAGUCUUAGUCUCCUGCUUGUCCCGGGCCCCCCCACCGAACCGGAGACACUUCGUCGUGGACAAGCCCGUCUUAUUCACGGGCGCGCCAGGUUCAUCGGCCCGAGAUGGGGGUAGGAUUCCCAUUCUGU